AUGUCUAAGAGGACACCUCCUUCUUCGCCUUUGGAGAAGGACAGAGAUUUGCCGCCACUUCAACCAUUGAUAAAGAAAGAACAGUUGUCUGGACUCGAAGGUUAUAGAGUUGGAAUUGAACGUGACGGAUCGAGUAUCAGCAACAGUAGUAGUAGUAGUAGUAGUAGUAAUUCAACCAACGUUCCAACUAGAGUCAACACUGGAAAUGGCCAAAUUUCAAAUAUAUUAUCAUCAUCGCCAUCGUCACCAUCUUCAGAAUCCUCCAUCUCAACGCCAUCGUCUUCACCACCAAACGAAGGAGGCAGCGACAAACAACGUAUUAGCAUAAUGUCACCGACACUCUUAAACCAAUUUGCAGAUAUUUCAUCGAGUUUGCAACAUCAACAAGAACACUCUCAUAAUCAUCUUCAUCAUCAUCACCAUAAUCAUUCUUCGACAUCGCAAUGUUGUAGUAUUAAAAGAAAAACACCAGAAACCAAAUCUGAAUUCAACAAAACAGAUCACCCCAUGGAGAUGGAGGGACCACCAUCGUCAACCAUCACAACAUCACCAUCCAAUCACAUCAACAACAAUAACACUACACUCGAAAGUUGUAGCCAUCCAAUUAGAAAUAAAUCAUUGGAUCAGCUCAUUGUUCAUAUGAGAAUCCAUGAAGCACUAGGGCACGAGUUACUUGAAGACCUGCUGUUUAAAGAUAGAUACUCAUCGUUCCAGGAAGACGAGAACCUGGAAGAUCAUAUUUUACACGAGGCAAUUGGAUUUGCACAGGAAUCGCUCGGUCGUUUCCAGAAUAUUUUUGCAUACUAUGACGAACAACCGUCUUCUCUGACAAGUAGUGGUGGCAACUUGGAUACGUCACCACUUACAUCUCCAAACAAAGAUGCCAAAGAAUUGAAACGUCAGCGUCGACCUGACUUGAGUGCCACUCCAGGUGGUCGUUCAAGCAGUGAGGAAGACGACAGCUUCGAUAUGUCCUCCAACAAUUCCAUGAGUAUAGAUUCACUCUCACUGAAUAGUUCCAACGGAAGACUCUUUGGAUCGUCGACGAGUAAUGGAUAUCCAGUUCCUUCGCCAUCUGGAUCGGGCAGUCUGGAGUCGGACGACCUCGAAAAGUAUGCCAUUCCAACACGUUACAGUUCGCGUGGUGUCCAGCUCAGGGAACAAAUGAUAAAGUACGGACUUAAGCUGUUUCGUAUGGACUCUGAGAAUAAAUAUAUCUGUUUUUUCCAGGGAUGUAGUCUGCAUAUGAUUACAAACUUUUCGCGUCAUGUCGCCAAACACGAGAAAGUUGGUGAUAUUAUUAAACCAGAGUUGUUUCACUUGAGUAAUUUCUACCAACCUCAACAACAACAACAAAUCAUUCAACAACAAAUCCAACAACAGCAACAGCAACAACAACAAUUCCAACAAAAACAACAACAACAGCAACAGCAACAACAACAUUUACUUCAACAACAACUGAUACAACAGCAACAGCAGCAACAACAACAUAUACGUCAAAUGAUGCAGCAACAACAACAACAACAACAGCAACAACAAAAAUUAUCAUUUACCACAUCAUCACCUACAUAUCCAAUUUCAAUGGCAGUAGCCACAUCCAAAAAGAAAACAAAGUCUGAGGAAUAUUUACAAUCUCAACCACCGAUCAAUGCGCAAAACCAGUGUCAGCAACAACAGCAACAACAACAACAACAACAACAACAGCCAUCAUUUAUGAACCCAACCAAUGAAAUCGACAACAAUUACUUCAAAUCCAAUCCAUCACCUAUCAAUGGCAACAAUCAAAGAAACACUUCAAUGCAAUUCCCAUCAUCGAAUUCACUGUCAACAGUCAACAGUUUGCCAAACCACCCCUCAGCUGCAACCUCAAGCAAACACCUCUCAAUUUCAGCACCAAUUCCCCAACAUCCAUUUUUACCGAAUCAAGCACAACAAUCAAACAUUGGCGCCAGUGGAAAUCCAUAUAAUUCUUCACCAUUUUCACAGAUCAGCAGUAACAACCACUUUAGUAACAGCAAUACAAACAUCGACACUCAAAUGCUUCAAAGUAAAUUCAAUCAACUGGCUCGGCCUUCAUCGCCUGUGCAAAUGAAGUCACAGUCCAUUUCAAUUCCAAACAACUCUGUUUCAUCCAACAACAACGAUGAUUCCGAAAUCAAUUGGGUUUUCAAAAAGAAAAUGCCAAAAUAA